AACAAGGCACAAGGAAACAGUCAAUGAUUGAACAUUAGCUAAAAUAGAAGCUAUGAAAUUUUAUUUUAAAAUGUUUCGCCAUAGUCUCCGUGUGUGCAGGGUGUCGUAUCAGACCAUAUGAAAGUCAAAAUUAUUUUGCAGACGAGGCUAGCUUGAAACUAUUACGUGAACACAGAGUGCUGCCCUCUAAAGUGUCUUGCACUUUAUGAGCAACAAGCCUUCGCUCCUGCUCACGCAAACCUCUCCGACGCUCACGCAAGCCACUUGAUAUCGACGACCCGCAACCCGGCUCUCCGCUGCACAGGCGAGCGAGUUUGUGCAUUUAGCUCUUAAUCGCAGCAAGAGAGGCUCGAGUAACACAGAGUGACCUGAUCGAUGCGCGAAGUGACCGGACCUUAGUUCUUCGCUUCAGGGACACGAAACGCUGAAGAAUGUUAGAUGAACAAUACCUUACUCUGAAGAGUUGCUGUUGUUACAGUCUGAGGGAAGGAUGCAUAGCCAUAAGCAUAUCCCGGCUGAUAAUCAGUCUGCUGAACCUCCCGAAGCCCUGCAUCUCUCUCUCCAGACUCGUCGACGAUUCCCUCGCCCAAGGAGACAGCAUUUAUAACGAUGAAUUCUUCAUAAGCAUCACUUUAAUCCUAAUUGCUGCGGCGAAUGUCGUCGGCAGCGCCAUCUUGAUCGCCGGCGUCCUGAAGCGGCACCGGAGCAUGAUGAAGAUGUGGGUGUACUUCGUCGUCGUGUUCGUGGUCGCGCACGUUUACAACAUGUUCAAGGAUCAGGGUCCCCGCAACGGCGUCCAGUUCCUUCUGUCUGCGAUGGACAUUGUGUUCGUCUCCUACUGCGCGUCCGUGAUUCGCUGCUAUUAUCUGUCGGCGGAAGUGAGUGUAGGCCUACAAGCCCAGCCUUCCCGCUGCUCGGACAACCUUGGCGCCGACGAAGAGAUGUUGCAAAAUGCUGCAGAACGGGAAAUUGCAAUAUCAGACCCGAGAUUGUGGGUUGCAGCUCUUAAUGCGGAAACAUGAUCUGUACUGAUAUUACCAUUAAUAUCAUUGGCAUUUUCUGUAUCAUUAUCGUUGCUAUGAUCACCGCAAACAUUUUUCAUUCAGUGUUAUAAUGUCCAUUUAAUUUCCUUUCAUAUAUUUAUACAUUUUCCUAUUGUUUACCCUCCUUUUCCAUCCUGUUUUUUCCUUGCACUAUAAUAUGGGAGAGUACAAAUGUCACCAAUCUCUUUGAUUACUUUUUUCCUUGUCGUGAAUAUUUGAUUUGUUGGAUUAUAUAGCUAUCAAAUUAGGUUUAGCUUCUGCAAUUCUAGUCGUAGAUAUAUUUUUGUACAAAUAUUUGAAUAAAGUUGAAUAAGACGA